GAAACUUGUGCUGCAUAAACCACACAACGCCGAUUGUGUAGUUUGUAGAUUGUUGUUUUUUUUUUCUUUGCGGUGAGAAACUGGAGAUGAAUCGUUUGAAUGGAUACUGCAGCGCGUAAAAGUUGUGGAUGGUUACUUUUGCGCAUCAACAUUUAAAGGACUAUUUUAUCUCCAAAAGUUGCAGUUUAAUACGAGAGCUGGUGAGAUUCUUCCCUCUGCAAAAAUAUCGCCCACAAGCAGGCUGGAAGACCAUACGCUCCGGAGAACACAGCGAAUCCGCAGAGCGCAGAUGAUCGCAACUGGUGUUUGUGGCGUCGCGCUGGUGCUGGUGCUGGUGGUUCUGAUCCCAGUCAUGGUGAACACCGCCGGGACUCCAGCCCGCUAUGAGAUGCUCGGAUCCUGUCAAAUGGUGUGCGACUCUCACGGGACCGCGACCACGGCAGCGGCGACCAACCCGAUCAAAGACAACCGCCUCGUUCAGUCGCUUCCGACGUUCAUCCAGGGUCCUCAAGGAGAGCCGGGACGUGUCGGGAGGAUGGGUCCGCGGGGUCCGGGUGGCGAGCCCGGGCCACCUGGACCUGCUGGUCCGCAAGGAGAGAGAGGGGCGCCGGGCCCUCCGGGUCCACCGGGACCCCCCGGAGCAAAUGGGCCCAACGGGGCGAUCAGCGCUGCCACUUACAACACCGUCCCAAAGAUUGCGUUCUAUGCAGGACUGAAGAAGCAGCAUGAGGGAUAUGAAGUGUUGAAAUUCGACGAUGUUGUGACAAAUCUUGGAAACCACUAUGACCCUUCCACGGGGAAAUUCACCUGCUCAAUACCAGGGAUUUACUUCUUUGUGUACCAUGUGCUGAUGCGAGGCGGAGAUGGAACCAGCAUGUGGGCUGAUCUCUGCAAAAACAACCAGGUGAGAGCCAGUGCCAUCGCCCAAGACGCCGAUCAGAAUUACGACUACGCCAGCAACAGUGUCGUCCUACACCUCGAGCCCGGGGACGAGAUUUACAUCAAGCUGGACGGCGGAAAGGCGCAUGGGGGCAACAACAACAAGUACAGCACCUUCUCCGGCUUCAUGUUGUACGCUGACUGAGACAAGGGAA